AUGACGACAAAGGCGAUCCACUUAGAAGCAGUCAGCGAUCUGACAUCAGAAGCAUUUCUAGCCGCCUUAAGACGAUUUUUUGGAAGAAGGGGUGUCAGUUCCGAUAUUUACUCGGAUAACGGAACAAACUUUGUUGGCGCAGAUAAAAAAUUAUGUAAUGAUUUUAAAGCUGCAGUUCGUAAUAAUCAGACGGUUAUUCCUAUACUUGCGAUGCAAAAAAUUCGGUGGCAUUUUAUUCCCCCGGCAGCUCCUCAUUUUGGAGGAAUCUGGGAAGCUGGCGUCAAGUCAGUUAAGUUCCAUUUGAAAAGAACCAUUGGGGAAGCCAAACUUACAUAUGAGGAAAUGAGCACUCUUCUAAUACAAAUUGAAGCAGUGUUGAAUUCGAGACCUUUAGUUGCUAUAAACAGUAAUGAUGAUGAUCAAAUGGAUACCUUAACUCCUGGCCAUUUUUUAAUUGGACGACCACUGAAUGCCUGUCCUGAACAUGUUGAAGAAACUCAUGUAAGUUCCCUAAAUAGGUGGAAGUUAAUCCAAAAACUAAGAAAAGAUUUUUGGAUCAGAUGGAAAAAUGAGUACCUUACGACUCUACAACAAAGAUACAAAUGGAAGUUUCCGUCAGAGAAUUUGAAAGAAGGUAGUGUUGUACUAAUUAAAGAUGAUAAUACACAUCCAGCUAGUUGGCCACUUGCGAGAGUUGCAGAAAUACAUAGCGGCAAAGAUGGCAAAGUUAGACUCGCAACGUUGAAGCUAGCAAAUAACACAUUGAAAAGGCAUAUUAAUAAAUUGUGUCCAUUAGUAUGUUCAGAUACAAAUGAUGAGAAUUCGUCACCGUUAAAAAGCCACUAUACGAAGAUGAAAGAAGAAGAAUUUAUAUUGGUUACAACUGAUGCUGACGGUAUUGAUGUUAUUGAAACCAGUUAA